GCUUUGAUGCGCAACCAGACAGCAAUGUACACACUCCAAAGCAAGCCCCCAAAGUCUUAAACUUGAAUAAGAACAAACAUCCAGCAGCAGGAGUGUGAGAGGGGGAGGGAGGCGUGUGGGCGCUUCUCCCUUCAGUGUCGGGCAAAGAUUAGAUCUGCUCAUCAGAAUUGCAUAACGCAGGAGUAAUCCUGACUGGACAAAAACUGAGAGGGUUCGAGUCGUGAGUAGGACGUUUAUUUACACGUUUAUCCCUAAUUUAUUUUACCCCUCGGCAUCAUUUUUCCCCCCUAGUCAGCUCUCCUAGAAUUGAACAUUAUGGCAUGGCCGUGCAUUACUCGUGCUUGCUGCAUCAACCGCUUUUGGUCCGAGCUGGAUAAAGCAGACAUCGCGGUGCCUUUGGUUUUCACCAGAUACUCCGAUGUGGCCGACGUGCCCCAUGUGCCCCAUCACCCGCAGCCGAAACUGAAGAAGGCCGGUGCCAUUGCCAUAGAAACCCAGCCCCAUCCCGGCGAGCAGGAGGCUGGGAAGGCACCGCCCGCGACGGGUGCCGCAGCGGGCAAAGAUGGCUCUACUGCGUCCGUCAUGCGCCAAGACUUCAAGGCGUGGAGAGUGCGCCCCGAGCCCAGCUGCAAGCCCAGAAAUGAGUACCAGCCUUCGCCGGCUCCGUUCAACAACGAAACUCAGUAUCAGAAGGAUUACAAGCCUUGGCCUAUACCGAAGAAGCACGACCACCCAUGGAUCCCCAAAUCGAGCCCCACCGCCGGCGGUCCAGAAAGGAGUGCAGGAAGCGGUAAGCUGGAGCAUGUGGCCGCCGAGGCCGAGACCGGCGUGGAGAAGAGCGAGAUUGAGGAGAAGAUGCAGGAGAAAGAGUCAAAGGAGGUGACGAAGAGAAGCGUGAAGAGGGAAAAGUCGUCGGAGAGGAAAACAGGUGAGAAGACGGAGGGACAGGUGGCUGCAGAUGUGAGCGCGGAGCAGAGGAAAGGCAGAGCGGCUGCAGACGCUCUGAACAGGCACAUAAAGGAGGUUAUGUCGACUUCUAGCAGCUACAGGACUGAGUUCAAGGCAUAUAAGGACGUGAAGCCAGUGAAGCCCAUCAAAGCUCCAUCCCAGUAUAAACCCCCUGAGGAGGAGACCAGUCUGGAAACCAGCUACAGUGCCACAUUCAAGGGGGAGCAGGUGAAGGCUCACCCAACGGACAACAAGCUGCAGGAGCGCAGGAGGAUACGCAGCCUGUACAGUGAGCCCAGCAAGGAGCCUGCCAAGGUGGAUAAACCAGUUUCCCGCACCAAACCAAAAAAGGCGUCAUCAUCAACAACACCAACAACAGGGAAGAUGGUGAAAAAAGCUAAAGAGAAGCAGAUUUCUAGUUCCCAGUCAGCCAAGAAGAAACCUUCUUUGGGCGCCUCAGAGCCCAAACCAGGUGGCGCUGUCACAAAGAAGAGCAAAGAGAUCAGCAACAGACUGGCUGAAGCGAGUAAACAGUAAAAAGAGCUAACGUCACACUUUUCCAUGUGUGAUCGCGUUGGGCAAAUCUCUUCCCUUUGGUUUAUUUCCUUACCUGUUGUUUUUGCUGUCCAGUCAUAUACGGUUCACCUUUGAAUGGGCACUGAUGUUGAGCUUUUAGAAUAAUGCAAACAAUUUCACGGUAAACUAUGCGUGUGUGAAAGUACGUGAAUGUAUUCUGGUGCACAGAACUGCUUUAUAUUAUUGAGCACAUAAUUUGCACAUUGUUUCUAUUAGUUCUGUUUGACUGCAGACCUUAAAAAGGAGCCAUCAGUACACAUGUAGUGUGUGUAUGAAAGGGAAUUUUUACCUUUGUCUGAAUGGAUGAUGAUUUCAGUGUUAAAAUGAUUGUUAAAAAAAAAAAAAAUGUUACAAGAAGGUUUUGUCCUCUGAGUCUGCAUCACAUGAAAGGUUUUUGUGAAAGUGAAUAAUCUGUUUUGCAGUUAAUUACAGUGCCUCCGCUGUAUGGUCCUGGUUUUCCUUUCAUUGUUCUGGAUGGUAUCCGGUAAGAUAGAAAAUGAACUGUAAUAUAAUUACCACGGCUUGCAUGCGAGACUCUGUUUUCGGUUGAGUAGCAACGUUUUAGCAGACUGUCUGUCACAGUCACAUCCCAGCUUGUAAAUUGAGCCUUUAAAGAUAAAUGUAUAGGGAAUAAUCCUUUUCAAAUAUAAUGCAUGUGUAGAAAUAGACUCUGAUCACACCAAAAGGUACAUACAGUGAGUAAAAAUUAUAGUCUAGUGGCUAUUAAAGCUGUAAAAUAAACACACCAGCAAUAUGGUUUCACCCACAAACAUAUUUCUCGCAAUCUAAAUGAAGAUCCACUCCUCUGAUUUCAUAUGAAAUCUGUAGUUUUCACGAUGACUCAGUGCUUUGUGGCAUACAACUCCACCCUCCCCUCUGAGCUGUGAUGCUGUAGUUGUGCUAAAUAAUUAAAAAAAAAAAAAA